AUGAACACCACAUCAUUUACAUAUCACCCUCAAUUCUUUAUUUCUGAGAAUCUUAAUAUGAAUUGCCCUCGAGUUACACAAAAUUUCUUUUCUGCACCAAAUACAUUAUUCAGUCGAUUGAAAACUCUUUCACCUGAACCAUUAAAUACACAACAAGGACAAACUCUUGAAAUUGGUGAUAUACCAAUGGAAGAAGAGGAAGAAGAGUCAGAUUAUAAUGAAGAAGUAUUCGAUUUAGAAGAUGAUGAAUUUUCUGAUGAAACCGAUGAAACUAAUGACCUUUUAGCGUCUCAACUAAUAGAAACAGUGGAAAAUAUUAGAAAACAAUCUGAAGAAAGAAAUAAAAUACUUAAGAAUAUUGUUUCAAUGAACUCAUCAUAUAUACCACCACAUUCAACAAGAUAA